GGUUACAGUCAGGCUGGAGCCGCUGAAGAGAGUGCGAUUUGGACACGGCCAAAGAAAUACACCGGGAUGCAAGAAAGCGCUUGGAUUGUGAAUCACUGAGCAAGCUGACUUCACCUUGUUUUGUUUUAUCCACCCGCACGAGUGCUUUAUUAUUGUUAUUAUCAUUUUUAUUUUUUUAUUUCUGGCCAAGGAGCGCGUCCGAGUCGGAGCACAGACCCGGCGGCAACGCACGCCGAGCAGCCCCUGGAGACCGGAGGGGAAUUUACAAUAGAAACUCACUUCAUUCCCAAUAAGAAUAGCGGGGAGUGACAAAGCACCCUGGAAUGUCUUGGAGCUUUUGGACCCCCAACUGGACUUGUGACUGAUGGAUGGAUGUGGAGGCAGCGACAGGUACCAGUAGACCGACAAAGAGCGAGAUUUGACAACGCUGUCUCGCUGUGCGUCCCUAGCCUUUAAAAGCUACAAUUUAUUUCUAGUUUAAUUCUCUUGACCAGAAGGUCGCCGCUCGUGCGCCAGCAGCCACAGGCCGUCCAGGACACUUGUCGUGCACCGAAAGCGAGGGUUCAGUCAAGGACACUGGGCCCGGACUAGAGCUCACGAAGUUGGCCACAAGGACAUGACUGUAAUCGCGAGCUCACAUGCUCCCGACUGACCGACGCUCACCUUCUCACCGGCCCACACUCUCAUAAAGGCUGUCCGACUCCGCGCUGCCGUGCUGGGCUUUGCGUCCCAACCUUCUCGGCUCCCACUCUGUGUGUGCGUGCGUGCGUGUACAUUUAUCAGCAUGGCACUACUGGCUUGUUGGAAGUAUUACCUCUGGAUCUUUAUCUUGACGUGUAGAACGGUGCUACUUUCAGCCAAAUCUCUGGAGAGCAUCGUUUGGAGCUCGCAAAAUCCCAAAUUCGUUGCUGGCAAAGGCCUGAUUAUCUACCCAGACAUCGGGGACAAGCUGGAUAUCAUCUGUCCCAGAGCGGACCAAGGCCGAGAAUAUGAAUACUACAAGCUGUACUUGGUCAAGAGAGAGCAGGCGGAGAGCUGCAGCACGGUCCUUGAUCCUAAUGUCUUGGUCACCUGCAAUAAGCCAGAGAAGGACAUCAAGUUUACCAUCAAAUUCCAGGAGUUCAGCCCCAACUACAUGGGCCUGGAAUUCAAGAGGAACGUCAACUACUACAUCACAUCAACCUCCAAUGGAACAGUAGAGGGCCUGGAGAACCGCGAGGGAGGCGUCUGCAAGAGCCGAGCCAUGAAAGUCAUUAUGAAAGUCGGACAAGUCCCAAAUGCAGUCAACCCUGCAGCGCCAGAGGAUCCGCAAGAUAACGCCAUACCGGAGUCUAGCCCAAAUCCUCUAGACCCGGAUCGAUUAGGACCUGCGAUGCCAGGAAAUCCUGACACGAUUAACCAGGACCAGUCCAAUUCCUCUGCAAACUCGGACGGCAUCCUGGGCUCCAAAGUGGCCAUGUUCUCGGUCAUCGGGGCGGGAUGUAUCAUCUUCCUUUUGCUUAUCCUCCUCCUGGUCAUUCUGCUCAUCAAGAUGCGCAAACGGGCCAGGAAAAACACACACUCGCAGCCCCGCCCCUCCGCAUUAUCACUCAGCACGUUGUCCAAUCCCAAGAUGCCCGGGGGCACUGCUGGCACGGAGCCCAGUGACAUCAUCAUUCCGCUGCGGACAGAGAACAACUACUGCCCUCACUAUGAGAAGGUGAGCGGCGACUAUGGGCACCCGGUCUACAUCGUUCAGGAGAUGCCCCCUCAGAGCCCCGCCAACAUCUACUACAAAGUCUGACGCUCAGCAGCGGAAGCAGCCCAGAGGAGAUUCGGAUUUCGGUUCUUGGAAGAACACUGCUAUUUGUUGUGGGGACUUGAUAGUUACUUCAAGCCCGUGUUAUUUCUACCACCUGCUGCACAAAUCUGGAGAGAUGCGCACGGACGAAUAUCUAGACUGAUGAGAGAGAUUUAUUCUGUGGGUUGUUAUUCUUUGGCUUGUUUGGAAAUCCCCACCCUUACUUCCUCCUCCCUUCACCUCCCACCUAGUGUGUCUCCGUUGAGGGGUGGCGGAGGUGCGGGUGGCUGGAGCGAAUCAAAAGAUGGAACUUUCUGGUUUGCUGUCCCCCUUUAAUGGACCGGAUGUAACCCUAACUGGCUCCCUGACGCUACAACACACAAACCUUGCACGCUAACCAGAAACAGGCAGUUUGUGUUGCACGUGUGUGUGUGUCUGUGCGUGCACCUGCGUGUCAGAGGGGGUUCCAUGUCGGGCCGGGCCGGAGAACUUUCCAGAUAGCUCAGGUAUCAGACACAGUGUGUGACAUAUUGUGUUCCUGUCCCUUCGCACCUCGGAUAUUUGCCUUACUAUUUUUGAUGGAGGACUUCCCUGAUUCAGUUCACAAAGCAGUUGUAUUUUGUUAGACUUUUCCUACAAGUGCACAAUGUAUAGAGUUGAAUAGAUUAUCAUUAUUAUUACUCAUCACACCCCUCAUGUCAUCCAUCACAGUAGAAACUUGCGCCGUUGCUAUCAAGGGAGUGUGUCUUUUUUCCCAUGAUCUUUGCCAUUACUCUGGUAUUUAUGACCUACUUAUGUGUAUUUUAGGGUGCGUCCUGUGUGUGUGUGUGUGUGUGUGUGUGUGUGCGUGCGUGCGUGCGUGCGCAUGUGUGUGUUUGGGCAUGCCCAGACCUGGGACCUGAAACGACCUACUUGCUUGGGGAGUUAGAACAGUGGAGUUUCUGUAUUGGAAGCUUAAAAAACAAGAAGCCAAAUUCCUCCAGCAUUCCACUUGGAUCUAUUUGAACAUGUCAUUAUUUCUGGUGAGCGUGGAGGAUUUUUGUUUAAAAAAAAAAAAAAAAAGGCAACAGACGUGUGUUUGCUCCA